ACAGCCCAAGAUGGCCGGGCGCUCGCGCUCCGCGUCGGCCCGCGGCGUCCCGCUCCAUUCAUUGCCGCGCUGCUGAGCUGCGCCGCGCCGCGCGGGUCGGCCCGAGGCCGCCGGGGGCUGCCCCGCCGAGCGGGGGGCCGCCAUGGCGACCCUGGAGAAGCUAAUGAAGGCCUUCGAGUCCCUGAAGUCGUUCCAGCAGCAGCAGCAGCAGCAGCAGCAGCAGCAACAGCAGCCGCCGCCACCGCCUCAGCCGCCUCAGCCGCCGCCGCAGGCGCAGCCGCCGCCGCCGCCGCCGCCACCGCCGCCGCCGCCGCAGCCGCCGCCCGGUCCCGCGGUGGCCGAGGAGCCGCUGGCCCGACCAAGGAAGGAACUCUCAGCCACCAAGAAAGACCGGGUGAAUCAUUGUCUGACAAUAUGUGAAAACAUAGUGGCACAAUCUCUCAGAAAUUCUCCAGAAUUUCAGAAACUUCUGGGUAUCGCUAUGGAACUUUUUCUGCUGUGUAGCGAUGAUGCGGAGUCAGAUGUCAGGAUGGUGGCUGAUGAAUGCCUCAACAAAGUUAUCAAAGCUUUGAUGGAUUCUAAUCUGCCAAGGCUACAGUUAGAACUCUACAAGGAAAUUAAAAAGAAUGGCGCCCCUCGAAGUCUGCGUGCUGCCCUGUGGAGGUUUGCUGAGCUGGCUCACCUGGUUCGACCUCAGAAAUGCAGGCCUUACCUGGUGAAUCUUCUGCCAUGCCUGACUCGAACAAGCAAGAGACCCGAGGAAUCGGUCCAGGAGACCUUGGCUGCAGCUGUCCCGAAAAUUAUGGCUUCUUUUGGCAAUUUUGCAAAUGACAAUGAAAUUAAGGUUCUGUUAAAAGCUUUCAUAGCGAAUCUGAAGUCAAGUUCCCCCACUGCCCGCCGGACCGCAGCUGGCUCUGCAGUGAGCAUCUGCCAGCACUCCAGGAGGACGCAGUACUUCUACAGCUGGCUUCUGAAUGUGCUCCUCGGUCUGCUGGUUCCUGUGGAGGAAGAACACCCCACACUCCUGAUCCUCGGUGUGCUGCUCACAUUGAGGUAUCUGGUACCUUUGCUACAGCAGCAGGUUAAGGACACAAGCUUGAAAGGCAGCUUUGGGGUGACACGGAAAGAAAUGGAAGUCUCUCCUUCUGCUGAGCAGCUUGUCCAGGUUUAUGAACUGACUUUGCACCACACGCAACACCAAGACCACAAUGUGGUGACGGGAGCACUGGAGCUCCUGCAGCAGCUCUUCCGCACCCCGCCGCCGGAGCUGCUGCAGGCAUUGACCAUGCCAGGCGGCCUUGGACAGCUGGCUGCAGCUCAAGAGGAGGCGCGGGGCCGAGACCGCAGUGGGAGCAUUGUGGAGCUUCUAGCUGGAGGGGGUUCUUCAUGCAGCCCUGUCCUUUCAAGGAAACAAAAAGGCAAAGUACUGUUAGGAGAAGAGGCAGCUUUGGAAGAUGACUCCGAAUCAAGGUCCGACAUCAGCAGCUCAGCCUUUGCAGCCUCUGUGAAGGAUGAGAUUGGUGGAGAGCUGGCUUCCUCUUCAGGAGUCUCCACUCCUGGGUCUGUGGGCCAUGACAUCAUCACGGAGCAGCCUCGGUCACAGCACACGCUGCAGGCAGACUCUGUGGACCUCUCUGGCUGCGACUUGACUAGUGCUGCCACUGAUGGGGAUGAGGAGGACAUCUUGAGCCACAGCUCCAGCCAGAUCAGCGCAGUUCCGUCUGACCCUGCCCUGGACCUGAAUGAUGGGACCCAGGCUUCCUCGCCCAUCAGUGACAGCUCUCAGACCACCACGGAAGGGCCUGACUCGGCCGUGACACCUUCCGACAGUUCUGAAAUCGUGUUAGAUGGUGCUGACAGCCAGUACCCAGGCAUGCAGCUCGGCCAGCCAACGGAGGAAGAUGAGGAAGCUGCGUGUGUUCUUCCUGGUGGAGACUCCAGUGCUUUCAGAAACUCUUCCCUGGCACUUCAGAAGGUACAGUUAUUGGAAAGCAUGGGUCACAGCAGGCAGCUUUCUGACAGCAGUAUAGAUAAAUUUGUAUCAAGAGAUGAAGCUCCUGAACCCAGUGAUGCAGAAAGAAAGCCUUGCCGAAUCAAAGGUGACAUAGGACAUUCUACUGAUGAUGACUCUGCUCCUCUGGUCCAUUGUGUUCGUCUUUUAUCUGCGUCAUUUUUGUUAACCGGGAAAAAGAAUGCCCUGGUUCCAGACAGAGAUGUGAGGGUCAGUGUUAAGGCCCUGGCCCUCAGCUGUGUUGGAGCAGCCGUGGCCCUUCAUCCAGAGUCUUUUUUCAGUAGACUCUAUAAAGUACCCCUUGACCCCAUGGAAUACCCUGGGGAGCAGUAUGUCUCUGACAUCUUGAACUACGUUGAUCACGGAGACCCGCAGGUGAGAGGAGCCACUGCCAUUCUCUGUGGGACGCUCAUCUGCUCCAUCCUCAGCAGGUCCCGCUUCCACGUGGGGGACUGGCUGGGCACCGUCAGAGUCCUCACAGGAAAUAGAUUUUCCUUGGCAGACUGCAUUCCUUUGCUGAGGAAAAGCUUGAAGGACGAGUCGUCUGUGACCUGCAAGCUGGCCUGCACAGCUGUGAGGCACUGCGUCAUGAGUCUCUGCAGCAGCAGCUACAGUGACUUGGGAUUGCAGCUGCUCAUUGAUGUGCUGUCUCUGAGGAAUAGCUCCUACUGGCUGGUGAGAACAGAGCUGCUAGAAACCGUUGCUGAGGUUGACUUCAGGCUGGUGAGCUUUUUGGAGGCAAAAGCAGAAAGCUUGCACAGAGGGGCUCAUCAUUACACAGGGCUUUUACACCUGCAAGAACGAGUGCUCCAUAAUGUGGUCAUCUAUUUGCUCGGGGAUGAAGAUCCCAGGGUGCGACAUGUUGCUGCAGCCUCAUUAGUAAGGCUUGUUCCAAAGCUGUUCUAUAAAUGUGACCAAGGACAGGCCGAUCCAGUAGUGGCUGUGGCAAGAGAUCAAAGCAGUGUUUACCUGAAACUACUCAUGCAUGAGGCGCAGCCUCCAUCGCACUUCUCCGUCAGCACCAUUACCAGAAUAUAUAGAGGUUAUAGCUUACUACCAACCAUAACAGAUGUCACCUUGGAAAACAACCUGUCAAGAGUUAUUGCUGCAGUUUCUCAUGAGCUGAUUACAUCAACCACUAGAGCACUCACAUUUGGAUGCUGUGAAGCUUUGUGUCUCCUUUCUGCAGCCUUUCCUGUUUGCAUCUGGAGUUUAGGUUGGCAUUGUGGAGCACCCCCGCUGAGCGCCUCCGAUGAUUCCAGGAAGAGCUGCACCGUGGGGAUGGCCACCAUGAUUCUCACCUUGCUCUCGUCCGCUUGGUUCCCAUUGGAUCUCUCAGCCCAUCAAGAUGCCUUGGUUGUGGCUGGAAACUUGCUCGCAGCCAGCGCCCCCAAGUCUCUGAGAAGUUCGUGGACUGCUGAAGAAGAAGCCAACCCAACAGCCACCAGACAAGAGGAGGUCUGGCCUGCAUUAGGUGACCGGACACUGGUGCCCAUGGUAGAGCAGCUUUUCUCCCACCUGCUGAAGGUGAUCAAUAUCUGUGCUCAUGUCUUGGACGAUGUGACUCCUGGGCCAGCAGUUAAGGCAGCCUUGCCUUCUCUGACAAACCCCCCUUCCCUAAGUCCCAUCCGACGAAAGGGGAAGGAGAAAGAACCAGGAGAACAAGCAUCUGUUCCUCUGAGUCCCAAGAAAGGCAAUGAGGCCAGUGCAGCCUCUCGACAAUCAGAUUCCUCAGGCCCUGUCACAGCAAGUAAAUCCUCCUCAGUGGGGAGUUUCUACCAUCUCCCUUCCUACCUCAGACUGCAUGAUGUCCUGAAGGCCACUCACGCCAACUACAAGGUCACCUUGGAUCUUCAGAGCAGCACUGAGAAGUUUGGGGGGUUCCUGCGCUCGGCGUUGGAUGUUCUCUCUCAGAUUUUAGAGCUGGCCACACUGCAAGACAUUGGGAAGUGUGUUGAAGAGAUCCUUGGGUACCUGAAGUCCUGUUUCAGUCGAGAGCCAAUGAUGGCAACUGUCUGUGUGCAGCAGCUGCUGAAGACUCUCUUUGGAACAAACUUGGCUUCCCAGUUUGAUGGCUUAUCUUCAAACCCCAGCAAGUCUCAAGGUCGAGCCCAGCGCCUUGGCUCUUCCAGCGUGAGACCAGGCUUGUAUCACUACUGCUUCAUGGCUCCAUAUACCCAUUUCACGCAAGCCCUGGCAGAUGCCAGCCUGAGGAACAUGGUGCAGGUGGAGCAGGAGCACGACACCUCCGGAUGGUUUGAUGUACUCCAGAAAGUGUCCACCCAAUUGAAGACUAACCUCACGAGUGUCACAAAGAAUCGUGCUGAUAAGAAUGCUAUUCACAACCACAUUCGUUUAUUUGAGCCUCUCGUUAUAAAAGCUUUAAAGCAGUAUACCACGACAACAUCUGUGCAGUUGCAGAAGCAGGUUUUGGAUUUGUUGGCCCAGCUGGUUCAACUACGAGUCAAUUACUGUCUCCUGGAUUCGGAUCAGGUGUUCAUUGGAUUUGUGUUGAAACAGUUUGAAUACAUCGAAGUAGGCCAGUUCAGGGAGUCAGAGGCAAUUAUUCCAAACAUCUUUUUCUUCCUGGUAUUACUGUCUUACGAGCGCUACCAUUCAAAACAGAUCAUUGGAAUUCCUAAAAUCAUCCAGCUGUGUGAUGGUAUCAUGGCCAGCGGGAGGAAGGCUGUCACACAUGCCAUACCAGCUCUGCAGCCUAUAGUUCAUGACCUCUUUGUGUUGAGGGGAACAAAUAAGGCUGAUGCAGGCAAAGAACUUGAAACCCAGAAGGAAGUGGUGGUGUCGAUGUUGCUGAGACUCAUCCAGUACCAUCAGGUGCUGGAGAUGUUUAUCCUUGUCCUGCAGCAAUGCCACAAGGAGAGCGAGGACAAGUGGAAACGCUUAUCUCGGCAGGUUGCCGACAUCAUCCUGCCUAUGUUAGCCAAGCAGCAGAUGCAUAUCGAUUCUCAUGAAGCCCUUGGAGUGUUAAAUACCUUAUUUGAGAUUUUGGCCCCUUCUUCCCUCCGUCCUGUGGACAUGCUUUUGCGGAGUAUGUUUGUCACCCCGAGUACAAUGGCGUCCGUGAGCACUGUUCAGCUGUGGAUAUCUGGAAUCCUAGCCAUUCUGAGAGUUUUGAUUUCCCAGUCGACGGAAGAUAUUGUUCUUUCUCGUAUUCAGGAGCUCUCCUUCUCUCCCUAUUUAAUCUCCUGUCCAGUAAUUAACCGUUUAAGAGAAGGGGACAGUAGCUCAACAAUGGGAGAGCACAGUGAAAGGAAACAAGUGAAGAGUUUGCCAGAAGAAAUAUUCUCAAGGUUUCUGUUACAGCUGGUUGGUAUUCUUCUAGAGGACAUUGUUACAAAACAACUGAAAGUUGAAAUGAGUGAACAGCAGCACACUUUCUACUGCCAGGAACUCGGCACUCUGCUCAUGUGCCUCAUCCACAUCUUCAAGUCUGGAAUGUUCCGGAGAAUCACAGCAGCUGCCACUAAACUCUUGAGCAGUGACAGCAGUAGUGAGGGCAGCUUCUACUCACUGGAGAGCCUGAACACGCGCGUGCGCUCCAUGGUGCCCACGCACCCGGCCCUGGUACUCCUCUGGUGCCAGAUCCUGCUGCUUGUCAACCACACCGACCACUGCUGGUGGGCUGAGGUGCAGCAGACACCCAGGAGACACAGUCUGUCCUGCACAAAGUCGCUUAGCCCCCAGAUGUCUGAGGAGGAGGAUUCUGACUCGGCAGCCCAGCUUGGCAUGUGCAAUAGAGAAAUCGUGCGAAGGGGAGCGCUCAUUCUCUUCUGUGAUUAUGUUUGUCAGAAUCUCCAUGACUCAGAGCACUUAACGUGGCUCAUUGUGAAUCACAUUCAAGAUUUGAUCAGCUUAUCCCAUGAGCCUCCCGUGCAGGACUUCAUUAGUGCCAUUCAUCGGAAUUCUGCCGCUAGCGGCCUUUUCAUCCAGGCAAUCCAGUCGCGUUGUGAGAAUCUCUCAGCUCCAACCGCUCUGAAGAAGACGCUCCAGUGCUUGGAAGGCAUCCACCUGAGCCAGUCGGGCGCCGUGCUCACGCUGUAUGUGGACAGGCUGCUGGGCACCCCCUUCCGGGCGCUGGCUCGCAUGGUCGACACCCUGGCCUGCCGCCGGGUAGAAAUGCUUCUGGCUGCAAAUUUGCAGAGCAGCAUGGCCCAGUUGCCUGUGGAAGAGCUGAACAGAAUCCAGGAGCACCUCCAGAGCAGUGGGCUCGCGCAAAGACAUCAAAGGCUCUAUUCCCUGCUGGACAGGUUCCGAGUCUCCACCGUGCAAGAUUCCCUCAGCCCCCUACCUCCGGUCACUUCCCACCCGCUGGACGGGGAUGGGUACAUGCCACUGGAAACAGUGAUUCCAGACAAAGACUGGUACCUUCGUCUGGUUAGAUCACAGUGUUGGACCAAGUCAGAUUCUGCACUGCUGGAAGGUGCAGAGCUGGUGAAUCGCAUCCCUGCUGAAGACAUGAGCGUGUUCAUGAUGAGCUCGGAGUUCAACCUAAGCCUCUUGGCUCCAUGCUUAAGCCUUGGCAUGAGUGAAAUGACUUGUGGCCAGAAGAGUCCCCUGUUUGAAGCGGCUCGUGGGGUGACUCUGGACCGUAUGACUGGCGUUGUUCAGCAGCUGCCUGCUGUCCAUCAGGUCUUCGAGCCUUUCCUGCCCACAGAGCCCACAGCCUACUGGAGCAAGCUGAAUGAUCUCUUUGGGGAUGCCACAUUAUACCAGUCCAUGACCACACUGGCUCGGGCCCUGGCGCAGUACCUGGUGGUGAUCUCCAAAGUGCCUGCUCAUUUGCACCUUCCUCCUGAGAAGGAGAGGGACACAGUGAGGUUCGUGGUGAUGACCCUCGAGGCCCUGUCAUGGCAUCUGAUCCACGAGCAGAUCCCGCUGAGUCUGGACCUCCAAGCGGGGCUGGACUGCUGCUGCCUGGCCCUGCAGGUUCCCGGCCUCUGCAGCGUGCUCUCCUCUGUAGAGUGCGUGACCCACGUCUGCUCCCUCAUCCACUGUGUGCGGUUCCUCCUUGAAGCCAUUGUCGUGCAACCUGGAGACCAGCUUCUCAGUCCAGAAAGCAGAUUGAACACUCCAGCUACUGUCAGAGAGGAGGAAGUGGACUCAGCCACACAAAACCCCAGGUAUGUCACCAUGGCCUGUGAGAUGGUGGCGGAGAUGGUGGCGUCUCUGCAGUCGGUGCUGGCCUUGGGCCACGAGAGGAACAGCAGCAUGCCCGCCUUCCUCACCGCAGUGCUGAAGAACAUUGUCAUCAGCCUGGCCCGCCUCCCCCUUGUCAACAGCUACACCCGCGUACCCCCACUGGUGUGGAAACUUGGAUGGUCACCCAAACCAGGAGGGGAUUUUGGUACCGUGUUUCCUGAGAUCCCCGUGGAGUUCCUCCAAGAGAAGGAAAUCUUCAAAGAGUUCAUCUACCGCAUCAACACCCUGGGGUGGACUAGUCGGACUCAGUUUGAAGAAACGUGGGCCACUCUCCUCGGCGUCCUGGUGACUCAGCCCCUGGUGAUGGAGCAGGAGGAGAGCCCACCAGAGGAAGACAUGGAGAGGACCCAGAUCCAUGUGCUGGCCGUGCAGGCCAUCACCUCCCUGGUGCUCAGUGCCAUGACCGUGCCCGUGGCGGGCAACCCCGCCGUGAGCUGCUUGGAGCAACAGCCCCGGAACAAACCCCUGAAGGCUCUCGACACCAGGUUCGGGAGAAAGUUGAGCAUGAUCAGGGGGAUUGUAGAGCAGGAGAUUCAAGCCAUGGUUUCUCGGAGAGAAAAUAUUGCCACCCAUCACCCUUACCAGGCCUGGGAUCCAGUCCCCUCUCUGUCCCCAGCUACUACAGGUGCCCUCAUCAGCCACGACAAGCUGCUGCUGCAGAUCAACCCGGAGCGGGAGCUGGGCAACAUGAGUUACAAGCUGGGCCAGGUGUCCAUCCACUCCGUGUGGCUGGGGAACCACAUCACGCCCUUGAGAGAGGAGGAGUGGGAGGAGGAAGAGGAGGAGGAAGCCGACAUCCCCGCGCCGGCAUCUCCUCCCGUGUCUCCCGUCAACUCCAGGAAACACCGAGCUGGAGUUGAUAUCCACUCGUGUUCGCAGUUUCUGCUUGAAUUAUAUAGCCGGUGGAUCCUGCCGUCCAGCUCUGCCAGAAGGACCCCAGUCAUCCUCGUCAGUGAAGUGGUUCGAUCGCUUCUCGUGGUCUCGGACUUGUUCACUGAACGCACCCAGUUUGAGAUGAUGUACCUGACACUGACGGAGCUGCGGAGGGUGCACCCCUCAGAAGACGAGAUCCUCGUGCAGUACCUGGUGCCUGCUACCUGUAAGGCUGCUGCUGUACUCGGCAUGGACAAAGCGGUGGCGGAGCCAGUCAGCCGUCUACUGGAGAGCACCCUCAGGAGCAGCCACCUGCCCUGCCAGAUUGGAGCCCUGCACGGCGUCCUCUACGUGCUGGAGUGUGACCUUCUGGACGACACCGCCAAGCAGCUCAUCCCGGUCGUCAGCGACUACCUCCUGUCCAACCUCAAAGGGGCAGCCCACUGUGUGAACAUUCACAGCCAGCAGCAUGUGCUGGUGAUGUGUGCCACCGCCUUCUACCUGAUCGAGAACUAUCCUCUCGAUGUGGGGCCAGAGUUUUCGGCGUCCAUAAUACAGAUGUGCGGGGUGAUGCUGACCGGCAGCGAGGACUCCACCCCCUCCACCAUCUACCACUGCGCCCUGCGCGGCCUGGAGCGCCUCCUGCUGUCCGAGCAGCUCUCCCGGCUGGACACAGAGUCGCUGGUCAAGCUGAGCGUGGACAGAGUGAAUGUGCACAGCCCGCACCGCGCCAUGGCAGCCCUGGGCCUGAUGCUUACCUGCAUGUACACGGGAAAAGAGAAAGCCAGCCCAGGCAGAGCCUCUGACCCCAACCCUGCAGCCCCGGACAGCGAGUCCGUGAUUGUCGCUAUGGAGCGAGUGUCAGUUCUCUUUGAUAGGAUCCGGAAGGGGCUUCCUUGUGAAGCCAGGGUGGUGGCAAGGAUCCUGCCUCAGUUUUUGGAUGACUUCUUCCCGCCCCAGGACGUGAUGAACAAAGUCAUUGGAGAGUUUCUGUCCAACCAGCAGCCGUAUCCUCAGUUGAUGGCCACUGUGGUGUAUAAGGUCUUCCAGACGCUGCACAGCGCGGGCCAGUCGUCCAUGGUCCGGGACUGGGUCAUGCUGUCCCUGUCCAACUUCACGCAGAGGACGCCCGUCGCCAUGGCCAUGUGGAGCCUCUCCUGCUUCUUCGUCAGCGCGUCCACCAGCGUGUGGAUCUCCGCCAUCCUUCCGCACCUCAUCAGCAGGAUGGGCAAGCUGGAGCAGGUGGACGUGAACCUCUUCUGCCUGGUCGCCACAGACUUCUACAGACACCAGAUAGAGGAGGAGCUGGACCGCAGGGCCUUCCAGUCAGUGUUUGAGGUGGUGGCCACGCCGGGAAGCCCGUACCACCGGCUGCUCGCUUGUUUGCGGAAUGUCCACAAGGUGGCUGCGUGCUGAGCACCUGUGGCGGGAGGCGGAGGAGCUGCGGGGCCGGAGCCCGGCCGCCCAGCGCGCGUGUGCGCGUGCGUGCGAGUGUGCGCCUGCCACAGCCGUGGCCGCCGGGGGCAGCUAGCAGUGAGGGGUGCCCCACAGCAGCACAGUGCAGGGAGGGGUGGGGAGAGCCUGCGUCCCGCGUCCGGGCCCUACUGUCCGCUGGCAGUCCUGGCCCGCAGGGCCGUGUCCUUCUCCCAGAGCUCCCCGGGCGGCGGCUGCCCUUAGGGCGGGGCAUUAGCUCCGGCUCUCGCCAGGGGGUCUCGAGCCCCCCCCCACCCCCGGGCCCCGCAGGCAGACUCCCGGCCGCCCGGCGGGCCGGUGUUGUCCCUGCGCCUCCCCAGCGGGGUGCGCCUGGUGCACUGGCGCCUGGCCGGGGACUGAGGGUGCCUAGCGCCGUUCUCCCUUUCUCUGUGGUUCUCAGGACUUAAAGUUUAAUUAUCUAUAAGUAAAGAGAUUAAUUUUAAUGUAACUCUUCCUCUGCCCGUGUACAGUGUGUGAUUGGCAAGGCCUUUGCUGCAUGUCACCGUACCCCUGGAGGUGGGCUGGCCCCGGCCGCCACGCCCUCUCCUGUAGCCGCUCCUUCCGGUCAGGCCGUGCCUCCUGUAGCGCCCUCAGACCCGGUGGCACGCCGCCCUUUUUUACACACUCCCAUGUAUUAGAACGUAGAAAGACGUUGGUGUCAGGCUCCCACCCAGAAAUCCUCCUGGGGCCAGCCCGGGGGCUGCCAAGAGCCGCUGUCCCAGGUCUUGGUGUUCAUCACAGAGGGGUGGCUGGGGGCAGCCCCGUCGUGCCCAGGAAGUGUGGUUCUGAGCUGAGCCGGGCAGUGGCCUCCCGGAGCUGGCCAGCCAGCGCUGCACACACGGCCCCCGUCUGCUGUGCACAGCGGGAUCGGCAGCCCUGGGGCCCACCGGGCUCCACUUUGUCUCUGCCCCGUCAGUCAAGAGCGAAGGGUAGUGUCCCGAUGAUUGUGACGGGUGAGGCCCAACAGCUCCUCCUUCCCUUCCCAGCUCUGCGCCUAGCCAGGCCUCAGAGCCCACCAAGGGGGCUGUCUCAGCCAGGAUGAGCUCGCAGGGAGGGAGGGCCCGUGGCAGGCGCUCCACCGCCUCCAUCCCGGACUGCCUAGAGUAGCCAGGUCGUGUAGAUGCAGAUGAACCCAACACCAAGAGGCUGUCUCUGAUUCCCUGGCUCACUCUGGAAGCUCGGCUCGCCGUCUGACUUGGUGGUCGGCAGCCCCUCUGCUUCCCACGCCCUAGAGGCUGGCCUGCAGCGUUGGUGACCUCUAUGCUGGUUGGUCCAGUGGUUGGUGAUUCAGGGUUUACCUCGGUAGGUGAUGAUUUGGUACUAUUCCAAAGGAGGGAGCGUUUGGUUAACUGCUUGUCAGUGGGUUAACUGCCCGGGACCCUCGAGCUCCCCUGUGCCGGCUCCAGUGACAGCAGGGGGGCAUGCCUGGGGGCCCACAGGGGGGAGCCCUCCACACUGGCCCAGCAGGGGCCGGGACCUGAGCCUGGUGUGAGCACGGCAAGGGCGGCGCCCACCGUGUUUGAAGAGGUCCUGGAGGGUGUUAGUGGGAAGUAGGAGGUCCCCGGUUCUCUUUCUUGUUUGGGACUCCCCCGCCCCCGAACGCUGCCGGAGGCAUCUGCGCCCUGCGUCCCGCCCGCCCCACAGCUCCAAGGCCGGCCGAGGCAGGCCAGACGCGGCUCCCAGCUGGAUGUCCACGUGUGAGGUGCCAGGGGCGCAGCUGUGCCGCGCGGGCUCCCGUCCUGGGCUCCGCGGAGCUCUGCUGGCCUCGGCUCAUCCUGCUCAGCAGGGGUCCGGAGCCCAGAUCUGCCGUGGGCGCCACCCCAGGGGCCCUCCUGAGCGAUGGGGGAUGGACACCAGUUCCGCGUCAGGACGUGGCGGAAGGUGUGCGCGUGCGCACGUGCACACAGUUCUGCGGGCACACGCCUGAAGACGCGCCUGGCCCGUUCUCCCUGGCCCUGCCCUGCGGUCUGCCACGGACGCUCGGCCGGGCGGCCGGAGCUGAGGCGUGGAGCUCAACAAGAGAAGCGGCCCCGCCGGCAGAGCGCCGCGCCCGGCAGCCCCACAAGGGCCAGGACUUCGCCAAGUUCCUCCAAGCGUGUGGGUUUCGGAAUUUUACUGAAAAUACCGUUUUUGAUUGUUAAGUUGUUUUUUUUGUGUGUGUGGGGAGGGAAGGGUAUUUUUGUUUCCUGCUGGUACUAUCAGGAAAGAUUUUAAUGAAACCAGGGUAGAAUUAUCUGGCAAUGCACUUAAGCAUGUUUCUUCUCCAAAAAUGUGCCUCCCUUCCUCUGCUGGCUCUACUGGCGUGUGUAGGUGACUUCCCAGAUGCCAAGUGUCCUUUCUCGCUCUCUCAUGCCUGCCUGCACCUGCCCCCCUCCGAAGGGAAGGCACCGGAAGGCACUGCUGGGACAGGGACUUCCUUGGGGAGCCCCAGCUGCCCUGCCGGCCGGGAGCUCCGCUGGGCUGGGGCUUACACAGCAGUAACGGGCUCGUCUGGGGCUGGCCAGGUGUUUGCGGAGGAGGAGAUGAGUUUCUUACUGCUGGUGGGCUUCCUCCUGGCGAUGUCCCCGGUGUGGACUUGGGGCUCCCCCUGCUGGGACCGUCAGUGGUGUCCGUGGUCGGGGUGGAGCCUUGCACAUGGAGAGCUGUUGAGGCGGGGUGGGAGCUGCUGGGAAGGAGGGACCCACCCACCCAGACAGACUGUGACAACCGAAGGGGGCCUGGAAGGUUCGGGCCACACUCGAGCGUCUGGGGCAGGCCGUGCUGCGAGCUGGCUGGCGGCGGCGGGGCCCUGCCCACUGGGCAGGUUGCGUGGAGGGGCCUCGCGGGUGGGACCUUGCUGCUGUGAGCCGUGCGUGGCGUGGCGUGGCGUGGCGUGGCGUGCGAGAGGGGCGUGCCAUCGGCUCCACUGGGCGUCAGCAGGGCCAUGAUGGGCACAUCCUGGAGCCCAGCCUGGCUGGCCACUUCCAAAAGGAAGGACUGACAGAAGAUAUAUGUAGAUAGAUAGAUUUUUUA